AUGGCGACAGACAUUACUCUCCUCUGCUCUGAUAACAUGAAUUGCGACAGCACCAACCCCCCUAUUGGCAUGGCACAUGCGCAUGCUCCUCGAUCCACAGCAUUGACUAGCUCUCGAGAGCUCCGAGAAAUCUACUCUCCCACGACCCCAACCUACGCCAGGAGGUCGCACGAGCCCCGGUCGGCAGCAAACUUCAACGGAAAUCUGGCCCGACGAAGCCACAUUUCAUCGCCUACAGCUACUAGCUCUCAACUAUUCUCCCCGGGCAGGAUGGACCAAAGCUACGUCAACAAGAACCUCUCGGUUCCUGAGCUUGAACCGCUCGUGACGUUUGGGAGUCUUUGCUACAUGGAUGGGACGCCCAAAGGAACACCGAUCAAGUUUGACAUUAUUGGCGUUAUUGAUAAGGGCUUCUUCCUUGCUGAUGGUGAAUGGACUUGUUACAGACGCAACUAUUUCUCCUGUAACUGUGCCUACACAAUGAGUUCCCCUCCACCGCAGCAUGCAUGGGCCACCAACAUUCCUAUUCAACUUACGCAAGAGAGUACGGGGCAGACGUUUACUGUUUGUGGGUUUGCAAUGAGCAUCUCGGCCGUCGUAGCCGAAAGCGAGAGUCAGCCGAUCGAGCUUGUGCAGCAUACACCGAAAAGAGACAAGGGCCCGACCUCGGCGCCGGACAAGAUUCGCCUGGCACCCAAGCCAACUCAAACACACCACCAUCAUCACCACCACCACCACCCUCAGCUUGGAUUGUUCCACCCAGUGACUGGAGAUGUCUCGAGGGGCCAUUACGACUCGAGUGGAUAUGGACAGCAGCAGCAUGCUCCUCCCACGGCGGUUGAGCACACGUUCGAGCGGAUUCAGUUCAAACAAGCAACUGCAAACAACGGGAAACGACGUGCCCAGCAGCAGUACUACCACCUUAUAAUUGAGCUCUGGGCCGACGUCGGUGGCAAUCAAAACGAGCAAUGGGUCAAGGUUGCCCAGAAGAAGUCAGCCAAGAUGAUCGUGCGUGGGCGGUCACCGGGUCACUACCAGUCCGAAAGGAGAGGCAGCAACACUAGUGGUGGAAAUUCAGGUGCUGGGCUCGGAUAUGGGGGUGGUGGGAUCAUGGGGACUUCUGAUUUCACCUCUGGCGGAGCCGGAAUUCUCUCGUCGAACUUCACCGGUCACGCUGCAUACGACACGCGGGGCGGAAGCCAGUAUUCGCACAAUCGACAUGGAUCUCAAGAUACAGGCGUGGAUCCUAUCAUGUCGGAAGACUCCAAGCCAAUUCAUGACUCCAAGGACUAUCAGUACUAUCCGGCAGCCAUCUACGAACACGGCACUCAAGUGGAAAUGUUUCAACACCCUAGCCGGGACCAACAGCAUGCCAACAACAGCAGUGACGCUCAUGGAUCCGAUCACAUCUCCAGGUCAGUGAAACAUGAAUACGAAGGCAGCUUGCCGAGCAUCUUCUAUCCUGGAGCUUCUUGGAACAGCAGUUCCGGACAAUGUGGGCGCUACGACAGCAAGCACACAUCGAAUGGUUUUUACCCUGUGCCAGCCGCAUCCGGUCUCAACAUUACAUGAUCAACCACAUGUCUUUCCCCGAGACAAAUUGCAGCGCCUCUGCGCAUGAAAAUUCUCGGCACAGGUACAACUGACCCGUGGAGCUUACUUUUCCUACCAAAUCAUAUGGCAACCUUGGUUCAAACCCUUGGCCUCCGGUUGAUACCCACAGCGUGCGUGUUUGUGAGGAGUAUCCAAGACUGUUAGAUCUUUUUGAUGUUUCCUUAUUUGUGUUCCUUUUCCUAGUUCCCCUUUCUCUCUUGUCUAGAUUUGCCAACAAUCUCUGGCUGUGCAGAUCUGAUGAAAUGAUGGAAACGAUCUCCUUGGCAUGUUGUUCUCAAUUUUACUUUCCUUUUUUGACUCUUCUCUUUGUCUGUUUGGGUUUAUGUAUGGGCUGUGUUCAAAAAAGGAGGAAUGCCGAAACAAAACAAAACAAAACGUUUGUCUCCACGGGCAACACCUAGAAGGCGCUGGUGUUGGGAAAUAGCUGGCAAAACGGAACAGAAUUUUGACGCUUUGGGAUAGGGAAUGGGAUAUGUACGGAAAUGUGGCAUUUGCAAGGAAUACCCAGGAGCAUCUGGCUUUUUUUUUUCAUUCUUGGCCUUGUUGGUUUUUUACUUUGUCCUCCACUCAACUACUGUCGUACUUUUUAUGAAUCCUUCGCUCGCAGGAAACUUCCUUCGAAAAAAUAAUCCAUAUCGCCUGCGAGCUCCAUAUUGUGGCCGUCUUUAUUCUGCAUAUACUUAUCGCAAGACGUGCUACCCGUUUUGUGACUUAUAUGAAUUUCUGAUGGUCUCUGAGGUUGCCGACAUUUUGAUUUUCGACCUGACGGCAGCCACAUCAGAUUCAUGUCCGUUGAGGAUAAUAUCAAAGCUUGAGAUAGUUGAAACACAGUGA